GAGGAGGAGGGAGCAGCCCGUCCGGGUCUCCGCCUGUCACUCACCGCGCGAGGGGCGUGCCCGCCCGCCGCGCCGGCCAAUGGGGUGUGUGUGUGGCGGCGUCUCCAUGGUGACGGGGCUGUUCCCGGGGAGGCUGUGAUGGGUUGACAGGUGCGUGACAGUCGGAGCUCUCUGCAGGCAUGUACGGCAAAGGCAAGAGCAACAGCAGCGUCCCGUCCGACAGCCAGGCCAGGGAGAAAUUAGCACUGUACGUAUACGAAUAUCUGCUCCAUGUAGGAGCACAGAAAUCAGCCCAGACGUUUUUAUCAGAGAUAAGAUGGGAAAAAAACAUCACACUGGGGGAGCCCCCAGGAUUCUUGCAUUCCUGGUGGUGUGUGUUUUGGGAUCUCUACUGUGCAGCUCCAGAAAGACGAGAAACAUGUGAACAUUCAAGUGAAGCAAAAGCCUUUCACGACUACAGUGCUGCAGCAGCUCCCAGUCCAGUGCUAGGAAACAUUCCCCCAGGAGAUGGCAUGCCAGUAGGUCCUGUACCACCGGGUUUUUUUCAGCCUUUCAUGUCCCCUCGGUACCCUGGAGGUCCAAGGCCACCUUUAAGAAUACCCAAUCAGGCACUUGGAGGUGUCCCAGGAAGUCAGCCAUUAUUGCCUAGUGGGAUGGACCCAACACGGCAGCAAGGGCAUCCAAACAUGGGUGGGCCGAUGCAGAGAAUGACUCCUCCAAGAGGAAUGGUUCCGUUAGGACCACAGAACUAUGGAGGUGCAAUGAGACCCCCACUGAAUGCUUUAGGUGGCCCGGGGAUGCCUGGAAUGAACAUGGGUCCUGGGGGUGGUAGACCUUGGCCAAACCCAACCAAUGCCAAUUCUAUACCUUAUUCUUCAGCAUCUCCUGGGAACUAUGUAGGUCCUCCAGGAGGUGGAGGGCCGCCAGGAACACCUAUCAUGCCUAGUCCUGCAGAUUCCACCAACUCUGGAGACAACAUGUACACUUUAAUGAAUGCAGUACCACCUGGACCCAACAGACCUAAUUUUCCAAUGGGGCCAGGGUCAGAUGGACCUAUGAGUGGACUGGGUGGAAUGGAUUCACAUCAUAUGAACGGAUCAUUAGGCUCAGGAGACAUGGACAGUAUUUCCAAAAACUCUCCCAGUAAUAUGAGCAUGAGUAAUCAGCCUGGCACUCCCAGGGAUGACGGUGAGAUGGGUGGAAACUUCCUAAACCCUUUUCAGAGUGAGAGCUACUCCCCUAGCAUGACAAUGAGUGUGUGAUCUGUUAACAAGUCUCGCCAUGAAGACCACAGUGAGUUUGCCCUCUUCAGAGAGCUACCGCAGAAGAAAAUUGUUCAUCCCAGUGCAAAGUUUAACAAAAGGAUUUCAGACACAAUCAGACCCACCAUUUUUUUUUCUACUCUCUCCCCUGUUUUGUCAAGACAGUGGGUCCCAAACAUGAUUGAGGCAACUGUAAAGAGUGGCGUAACAGAACUGCCAAGAUGAAACUGCAAACAAUUAUCUGUGUAUGUACGUGUGUGGGUUAACGUAUGUGUAUGUGUGUGUGAUAUAGAAAUACACACAUACAUAUAUAGACCCACAGGACAUUGUAAAAUAUUAUCACAUGACAUCUUAAGUAGAAAUGAGAAGUAGGGACUUUUAUUCCAUCUUUUUCUUUUUUUUAUGUUUACAUUUUAAUUGUUAAAAAUUUGCUUUCCCUCUCCCCUCCUCAACUGUUUUAUGUUGCAUAUAUCACUGCUUUAUAAGUUAUUUUUUAAGGUGAACUCAAAUGAUAAAUUCUUCUGAUUUUGUAAAUGUCUGCCAUUAUAGAUAGGAAUAAAAUUGCUUGUAAGAGCUUUCAUUAACUUGUGUUUGAUACCAGUUACCCUGUGAAUCACAAACUGUACUGUCUCAAGAAAUAGAAGAAAGCUCAUCUUAAUUUUUUGGAGAAAUUUAAUAAUUUUCACCUAGUUUGGUGAUUUAAUUUUUUUUAUACUUCGCCUUUAAAAAAAAGAAGCACUGAAGGUUAUUUUUCUUCUUUAAUUGAAGCCUAAAAUCUGCAAUAUCUAUUUUAAAUGGAAGCCUGACUUUGAUACAAGCUUCUCAGUUUAUAUAGAGUACUAUAAGGUUACUGUAAGUGAGCUCCAGUUGCUAUAGAAUCUAGCAAUAAAGUGUCAGGGCCUCUUUGGCCCUGGGGAAUGAGUUUUCUAUUUAGCAUGAUCAUCCAUAGAGGUGGUAGUUGCUGGAAAUACAGUGAAGUCCUUAUCACCGAAACCGUUUCUAACAAUUUGCUAUUAUGCUGCCCAUUUUCAGAGAUUGUCAACUGAAUUGUAACAAUCCACAGUCCUAAUUAUAAGCAGUAUUUCUCAAGCCCAUUCAGAAAAUCAGGUCAUCCUGCUACUUGGGUGACACCCAAAACUUUGCAGUAAACAGUAAUUUUUUUUGAGCCAAAAUGAUGGAUUAAACUUUUUAUGACUGCUAGCCUCGGUGGGGUCUUUACCUUUUGCCAUAAACAGAAGAGGAACAAAAGUCUGGGCCAUUUUAUUAGGUCAGCCUAUUGGACAUGAAAUCUGGGGGCAGAAUGGUGAAAAGGCAUAUGGUCUUAAAAGAAGUGCUUCUGGAAGCAGUCCCAUGUCUCUUAGGCAAAGCUCUAAAACCAAGAUUAUGGUACAUUUAGUUCCUAAUGACUUCCAUCUCCCCCAAGAAAAGGAAAGUUUUCAGCUGUGUGGUUGUCAAAAGGUUGAUGAUCAGCAACGUGGGCACGAAGUGGAUGAACAAGAACUCGUGCCACAGACAAAAAGGAAAGUUCCCUCCUGGGAGUUUGCAAAUAGAGGAGCCACUUACAUAGGAGGAGCAGUUCUGAGAUAAUGUAGUAUGUCCAUGAAGUCUUGCAAGGGGAUCUUUUUCAUGAACUCAUGAUAAAGGAGCAGAUGUCAUGGGCUCGCUGUUGUGGUAGCUGCACAUAACAGGAUGUGUAAGGAACAUAAUACUGCGAUCUCCUAAUUUUUAUUUACAUAUAUUGUAUAUAUAUGGAGAUAUAUACAAUAGAUGAAAAUAAAAAAGAUGUAACACUUUUUACUCUCUUGGUAGGGCUAUUCAAAGGUGAAACUCUUGGAGGCUUAAAAUUAUGUUAAAAUAUCAAAGAUUUUGUUAGCAUUACUUUUUUUGUAAUAAUAACUGCUUUGAUUAGUUGUAAACAUAAACUAGAUAGUCAUUAUAUAGUUUUGUGGACUUUAUUCCCAGUGAUGAUGAAAGUUACAUUCACUUGCUUAUCUUUGGGAAACACUUUGUUGCUGUCUCAAAAGAUGCUGGAAACACCUACUAUUGAUCUAAGUUACGAAAACACAAAAUUGGACCUAAUUUCCUCAGACCCUUGGCUGUUGUCACUAACACCACUGUUCCAGUGGCUUUGUGCCCAGUGCAACCAGCUUCUCCCACAAGCACUGCAGAAUCCAGGCAUCCUUGCAACCUGCGUUUGGCAUCUGUAUUAUCCUUGGUAGCCUUCUAAGAAGGACUUCAGGGCUCUUCUCAGCCCGGUUUCAGUCAGGUGAUGCCACUGCUGCUGGACUAAGGUAGAUGGAGAUGUCUGGACCAUGCAUCAAGUGCCAAAGCCCAGUCGCACACAAGGUAACUGUGCCCUCGAGUGAGAUCUUAGAGCCUUGAGUACAUCUGGGGCCUGUUGUGUGUCUCCAGGAGAACCCUGAGCUGUCCCAUGCCAGGCUGGGGUCCUGCAGGCCACCAGUGUGUCCACUGACCACGUGGCAGCUGGACAUGGUGGCAUCGCUGAGGGAUCUCUUACAAGACAGAGUACGUGCUGUCACCGAAGCUUCGUACUGUGGCAGAAUUAAACAGGAUCAGGGCUUAGUAGUAAUCAGAGACUUGAUAAUAUCUUUUUCCUUUCUGAUUUUGGGAUUAUCUGCAAGAUUUUAGCUUAUAGGCACCUGUUAAGGAUGAAAGUCUGACCACUAAAUUAAACCUGUGCAAAGAAAUCCCUUAAGUGGACUGUCAACACAUGCUGAGUAUCAGUAGCAAAAUAAGUUAUCCUAAUAAUAUACAAGACCUUUCAGACACAUAAUUUUUCUUCUGUAGAUUUUUCAAACUCCAUUCUAUCAAAUUUUUCUGCUACCAGCAUAUCUUUUUUUCCCCUUUCAAUUUUUUUCCCAAAUAUGUACAUCACAUUAGAGAUGGUUGCACUGAUCCUGCAGCAUUAAUCUGAGUAAAUAUGUUUCUGGCUUCAAAAGCAGCAGGAUCAGGCCCUGCUUCUCACAGCCUCAUUCUGUGCACUGACACUCCAAGUUAAUCAGUAUGUCCUGUGCUUCUUACACCUACGUCACCCCACAGACUGGUGAAACAAAUGAUAUGCACGCUUGCAAAAUCGUAGAUUUGGCAGAUCUGCUUGAAUACUCAGUGCAUCUUUUAAUGUUAGAAUUUUAAUCAGAUACAGAGAAACCAAAUUGUCUUGCUUUCUGUUGGGAAUGCUGACAUCUCUGUGCUUACAUACAUGAGUGAAGUUACUUAUACAUGCAUUGGUAAGAUCAGGAGAUAAUAACUAUACAUAGGUUCUGCAGCUGAAGCAUUAGCAAACAAUCUUACAUGCCAAACACUCAACUUUAGAGUUAUAAGCAUCCCUUUGAGGUGGUUUUGUUUUGUUUUGUUUUUAAUAUGCAUAGAGCUUUUUGUUUCUUUGUUCAUUUGUUUUUUCUUUUGCUGAUAAAUCCUCAUAUGAUUUCCGUCACAUCCAGAUGAUUUCCAAGCACUGACUUUUUGCUCCCGCUUAUGUUUCUGAAGCACUAGUAUCAGUGUGUAAUGUAACUGCUGUUUACAUCUAUCCUUAUGCAACAGCUUUAUUGAUAAUGUCAGAACUUGUCCAGCUCUGGGAGGAUUUUUAUUUUAAGUGGUGCAGGAUAGUUUUUCCACACUGAGUUUUUAGAUUUGUCUCUUAAAUAUAGAAAUAAAUAGAUCAUGAUUCUGUAAAUGCGUCUUUCAGGCAAAAUUAAAAUCAGGCUUUUUUAAAACCAGAAGUGAUGAAUUCUUAGAGUAGCAGAAGUAGGGAGUGAUGGAUCUCUCAUGCUGGGAGAACUCCAGCAAAUAUUCUGGCCUUGUAGAAAUCAGCUGAAAUUGGGGUUCACUUGUGAAUUUCAAAGUGAAACAAACGAGUAUUCUACCUGCUGCGUAAACCCUUGCAGAGGAGUAUUCAUACCUACAUCUAAUCUCCAUGUUACCCAGAAUUUAUCUCCGUGUCUAAGUCCUGAGCGGGUUUUAGGGGCAAGGAAGCAGCUGCUUGAAUCACAAGCAUGGGGUCUGACGUGUGCAUUAAAACAAUACCUGGGUAUUUGCAUGCAUGGGUUGCAUUAUUUUCCUAACAGAAGAUUAAAUGCCCCAUGUCCCAAGACAUACAGCUUUUGUUUUCCCUUGCAGUUGGAAUACACAACAAGAAAUACGUAGGCUAACUAUUAAUUUUAAAUAAUUCAAAUUAGGAGGAAGUGAAUUGAAUCCUGCUUCUUUAUGGAUAGCAAGUCAUGCGUCACAAGGACAAUUUCUAGAACUGGCUAAAAAUCAUUUAGAUUUUCCCAUCUUCUGUGGAUAGCAAAUGAAAUACUGCAUGUAAAGAUGAAUCAGAAUUAGAUGAGUAAUUUAAUGAGGGACCAGCUGUUAAAAUAAUCAGUGUUGAACAUUUUAUUCUUUUUUUACUUUUACCAGUCAAAAUGAAUUUUCGGCAGAUAAAUGUUCCACUGAUUUCUAUUUCUGAGAUCAGUUAAUUGCUUUUAAGUGUUAUCUCCUGUUCCUAGCCAUAUCUGAUUUUUUGUUGUUGUUAUGGUUGCUAAAUGCAGACUGGAUUCUUCAAGAUUUGACCUGACACAUUUGCAUUUGGAGAAUGUAAAAUAGAGGUUAAAGAUAUUAAAAAAAAAAAGAGUGGGGGGAAGCAAUAGAGGUAAAUGUAUUUUUCUUUAAUUGGCUGUGAGUGAUGAUGUAACCAUGGCUUCUGUCCCAAACACGCUUGGGUUUGGUUCGGCCCUAAGGAUGGGAAUCCUGACAAAGCACAUCUUCCAAAUAAAAAGCAAAAACACUCUUUCAACAGAGACAGUUCAUUUAUCUUCACACUGAUCACACUUGAGAUUUAGUUCAGGAUUUAAUGAUACGAAACAUCUACAAAAACUCAGUACACUCAGAGAUAAAUUAGUUAGAUUUAAAUUUUAGUGUGUGCAGCUUUCCCAGCUUUCCAGACAUUAUUUGUUCAGUUCUAGAAGCUGCUGCUCAUGCCAGUUGUCCUGUUUAAAAUUUGAUGAAGCCACUCACCUAAGGUCAUUUUUGGUAGGAUUUCACCAUGAUCUGGGUAAAAUAUACAAUUUAUCUGAGGUGUGACAUUAUUUGGCAGCUGUAUAAAAUGAGUAAUUAGAGCAAAAUACAAAGGGUCUGUUGAAAUUACCAAAAUGAUGUUUCAACCUGAAAAAAACAAAAACAAAACCAAGAAAAAAGUCCUUAUCUAAAAUAGUGCUUUGAGUGCAUGCAUGCAAAUUAUUUGUCAGUGCUGUUAUCUUGGAAACAAAUUACGUUAACAGCUUUAGAGAAAAUAAAUGGAUCUGCUCAGAACAUUUAAAUCCUGAUCCUGCAAACACAUUCACAUUUGUUUGAAAUGAAGCCUGCACAUAGUUAAUUUAGGCAGAUUUAAGAAUACAAGUAGUAUCCUUCAGGAAAGGAGGACUGCUAGUAUGCUAAAACCAUGCUUCAGUGUGAACAGUCUGGAAGUUCAAAUUAAGUCCUCCCUAAACAGGCAUUAUUUUAAACAUUUUAUGAAUGCAGGAGCAUGUUUAUAUACCAAUAGUACUGAUAUGCGGAACAGAUUUGGCUUUCUUCUGUUUCUUACUAGGUCAUUGUUCACUACUACAUGAGCUACUUUUGUGAACUUGUCAUUCCAUGUCGUUUUCAAUUGUGCAGCCAUAGUUUCCCUCAACAUAGCAAACAGCUUUGCAAUUUUAGUCCAAACUUCUGUUUGGUCACUGUUCUUCAUUUAAGCUUAAAAUGUGUAAGAAAGCCUCUCAUGUAAUGGGAAAACUUGCCAUAAAAAUGUAUAAAGGUUUUCUUGGGUACCUGUUUUCACAUUUAAUAAAAAUGCAAUUUUCAGUUAUAAUCUGAAAUGGUCACUUUCUAGCCACUAUUUAAUUGCAAUGCACAGAAGAAAUUGAGAAAACAAAUUACCUUUUUAAAUUUAUUUAUUUGAAUUCAGCAUCAUAAAUAUUUGCUGAAAGAUGUGGUUUUGGGGAAAUCAGAUCAAAACGAGAUUUACAAAUUGCUCUGGAUAAUACAAGCUGACAAUAUGUUGAAAGCUCCUUCCACAUCCCCAAAAGUGUGUUGCCUCACAUCUGAUACGUAUGGCUUUGUAAGAGCCUAAUUCACUGUAUUUUUCACUGUAUCUCGUGGAUGAUUUAGGGUGCCCCUGAGCUGUGCAGGGUUCUGUGGUUGUAUCUCUCGGAGGAGUAACCAAGUUAGUGGUCAAGGAGGCUUGUUCACAGGGUCUGGUAAUUAAGGACCAGGUAAUUUAUCCACCAGCUGUGCGCAGCUGUGCGCUCAGAAACAAGGUAUUCGUACACUACCUCGCUGUUCUCUUGAAAACUUGCGCAAUUCUUCUUACAGUUGGGUCUGGGGCUCCCCUCAGAUUUUACAAUGCCAAGACAAGAAGCUUAAUUUUGCUGAGAGAAAUACCUGGAAGGUUAGCACCAGUUUUCAUAGAGAAUCAGCACAAAACAUGGGGAUUUUGAAAGGGGAUGCAUUUUCUCAGUACCCUGGGUGUACUAGGAAAUAGACCAUACACUUUAGAAGUUUGGUCUUUUACAGAGAUAUAUACAGUUCCUCAGAUUAGGAGGGAAUUAUAAGAAUAAUCAUGACCAAACCUAUGUUUGUCCCUAUAUAGUGAAAUCAUCAGUAAUCGCUUUUGAUAUGAAGAUUUAUUGCUAUGGAACAACUGCUCCGAUCCUUGAGGAGCCAAGUUAUCAACUGGAUGAACUAGAUAUUUGUAGUCUUUAUUUCUGUGAUUUCAUAUUCAUGUUUCCUUCUCUCUCAUUUGGAUUUUCCCAUUAAAUGUACCAUUCCAAAUCUUUGCACAAAAAUAACGAUUUGCCCAAUAAACACACAAAAGGUUGUUCACAUCAGCGCCUAGAGACCUACUACAAAGAGGUUAUUUCAUUAGAGACGCUGAGCAUAACAAAUAAGGAGUGUUAGUGCAAUAUCCUGACAGCUCGUACUGUUCGAGAUUAGGAAAGUUAGCAUCUCAGACUCACGCAUUAGACAAGGUAGUUUCUAACAAUGAUAUCAGAUGGCUUGAAACAAAAGAUUAUAUUUGCUGUGCAGAUUGGGCGAAAAUAAAAUCCAAAUAAAGCAUAUUUAAUUGAAGUGGAAAUUUACUAAAGUUAUAAUUUACUAGGAGAGUUUGAAAAGCAUGUUACUGACAACAAGCUUGUUAGCAGCAAAACUGGUAUCUCGGAUUUGCCAGCUGCUCUCUUUUUAAUGGAGAGGUGCAUCCUGCGGAGUCUGUGAUCCCCAGCGGGGAGGUGGGGAUGUCUUGAUCUGGGCAGGUUGUGGACCAGGGAUGGUCGUAUCCACGAGCCACACCACCUGUUACAGGUGAGCAAAGCGCAGGUGCCCCUCCAGCAAACGUGGAAGUCUGACAGGAGCACAGAGCACACCCAACAGUUUAGUGGAAAAGAAAAGCAGCAUUUGAUGAAUUGCCGUUUAAAAACAUGAUAUUGCAAAGCAGGUGUAGGCUGUUCCCAAGUCUAUUAUAAUUUUUCUGAUUAACUCCUAGUUUGGGUUUGAUUUACAUUCACAUUAAUGGUUAAGGAAGAGAAUAAAAGUUCCUAAACUAAGGCUGAAAUACAGACUUGGAAGAGUGGCAUAAAUAAAGUGGAAGCUGGAGCUGUCUGUUGGUUGACAAGUAAAUUUUUUUUUUCCCAGGACAAAAAGUAUCCAUACAAUGAACUUUUUUAGCCUUUUAGUGGCUAUUUGAGAAGUGUGACUCAAAAUGCUGUAUAUGCUUAGAGACCAGUUUUGAGGGCUUUUUUUUUGUGGCAAGUAUCCCCUUGCAAAAAUGUUGCAGUGCAUCUAUUUAGUGCAUGUUUGCCUAAAACCACAAAAAUAAAUCAAUUUUAUUACGAAUAGCUGUACGCACAUCUGGUAAACACUUGUUUCUGAUGGGGAGAAGACGAAGAUUUGAUAGCUGGUGCGUUAGCAUAUUUAUGUGAAUUAAUUAAAGCAUUGGUAAACUAUUGUCAACUAUGUUCACAUUGCACAAGAUACGCUGUGUAGUCUACUGCUGGCAUUAUAAUCUCGGUGAUCCACACAUAUUCUGUAAAUUCCUGUUCAUUUUGUGUAAGAAACCUUGUCACCAUUGCUUAGUACUGUAAAUUCCUGUUUUGAAGCAAGAGGUGGCUUUUGAUUGUACAGCCAUGUGUAUUAUAUACUACAACAGUACUUGCUCUGUCGUCAAAACUUGCUGUUCACAUAUAGUUAAAGCUUUGUUAAGCACGCUUAGUGGUUUCAGAAUUUAUUUAAAAUGGGAGGUAUAUAAGCCAUUUACAGGAAUACUAAAUGUGAGAGAAUUCAAACCCGUUGUGCCUGCAAGCCUGAGAGAUCAGACUCUGUGCAGGGAACAGGAGGGAAAGAUAGAAAAAUAAUCUGAAUUUUUGGACUCUGGAAUCUUUUUAUUAGUAUUUUAUGAUAUGCAACGAAGACCUGAAAAUGUGUAAGUGUUCUUUGCUGGUGUCUGACAUCAGAAAUUCCAGUCCUGUCUAGACUGAAAGACAAUGAUGGGAGAACUGAAAAAGCUGGGAAAGCUGAAGGGGAUUCUUUCUUGUAUUUUUUAAAGUUCUGUGUUUUAUUUGCUUGUUUGUUUGUUUAUUUGUUUUGAUUGAUAGUUUCAAUGAUUAGGUUAAUCUUUUGAAUAAAGGUAGUCUUUGUUAGUGACUCUGCACCUUCACCCUUUCACAUGAAA